AUGUGUUUGCGUAACAUUGAUCCUAAGGGAGGUCUAUGUAACGGCACUAGGUCUAUUCCUACACAUUUAGCUCGCCAUGUUAUAGAGGGUAGAAUCAUAACAGGAACCGAUAAGGUUGGAGAUAAGGUUCUCAUUCCUAGAAUGUUCGUUACACCUCCGGAAACGAGUUUUCCUUUUAGAAUGCGUCGAAGACAAUUUCUUGUGACAUUGGCUUUUGCAAUCAACAAAAGUCAAGCUCAAUCCCUUCAAAAUGUUGAUUUAUUCCUACCUAGACCAGUAUUCUCACAUGGACAGCUAUAUGUUGCAUUAUCAAGGGUGAAGUCUAGGUCUGAUUUGAAGAUUUUGAUUGUUGAUAAGAGUGAUAACGUGCAGAAGAAGACAACUAAUGUUGUGUAA